UUUAGGUAUAAAUUAUUUUUUGUUAAUAGCUUAAAAGUUGGAAAAUUAAAUCAGCCUAUGUUCACAUCAUUAUUUUAUUUAUUUUUCACAAUAUGAAAAAUUCAUCCCAAUGGAGAAGAUGAAAGUAUUUUUUUUUGUUUUUAAUUAUAGGUACUAUCCAUUUUUUAUAAUACUGUAAUAAUUAGUAUAUUUUAUACGAAAACAAUUUGUUUUUAACCAACCAAUUGUAAAAUUUUGAACUUGUAAGAUUCAUAGUAUGGGAUACUGUUUUACGAGGAGUGGAGGGAGCCCCCCACAAGCUUUUCAUGGGAAACAAAUUAUGGAAAAUUAUACAAGGGCCCAAAAUUGUUGGCCCCUCCAAUUAACAUUUCCUGGCUACGGGCCUGCAUGAAUCAACUAAGUUUUAGAUAUGUGCAGUGCUAUGUUGAGAGCAAUAUUUCUCAGCAAAUCAAAGAGUUUUUACAGCUUCCUUCGUAGUCUUUACAAAAAUACGUUUUUGAGACUGUAAACUUCGUGUUUCUUAUACGAAGGCUGCCCUAUGGGGAAUCAUCAAUAUGACCUAUGGCUUAUAUUUUUUUAUCGUUUCUGCAAUCUUGAAGAAUUCUUCUUGUAUAAAUGUAAUUUUGUCCUAGACUCCAUAAAUCUCUGAGUUUGUUUUGGCGAAUUUUAAUUUUUAGCAUUGAUAUCCACAUUGAUUACUCGUUAGCUAAUUGGAUGAUGUUUCUACCAGCACCACAUAAAGGAUCCUUUACGACGUCUAGACCGGGGCAUCUUAACGCUAUAUGUGUGCUUAAGAUCUCGGGACAAACGGAAUAAAAUUAUUGUGAAAAAAAAAACGUUAUCGUUUAUGGUAAAAUACUAAAAUUUCCUUGUACAUCGAAUACUAGAGACACACGCGUUACCAACUGACCCAUUGGUUACUACGACUAUAGGACGAUAAAAAAGGCUAUUUAAGGUAGUUCAAAUUUUUAAAGCCAUUUUUUCCGUUUGAAAAAAUUCAAAGUAGAUGCAACUAUAUAUUGAUUUUAGAUUAGAUUCCUAUAACUUUUUUGAAAAUCGUUGAUCCCAUCACCGUAACCUCCAAUUGGUUUUAAGUUUCACAGAACAAUAAUAAGAUUUAAUCAUGCUGAUAAAACUAAAAAAAAUUGAAUUCGAUAAGGCCUAUCGUCGUCGUAGUCGGAUAAGAGAUGGACUCUCUUAGCGAGCAAGCACCAAGCUCGGAAAAUUGCGCGCGUACGUCGAUGCCUCUAUAAAAAGGUAAUAGACAGUCGGAGCAAUCGACACUUGUGUUUUUCUUGCGACAGUGCUAAAUAUAUUGUAAACAUUGACGAUUACGCGGAAUAUUUAAACGAUGGCAGAAAAAGACUCCGUACUGAAAGAGACAUCUCCGUCGAUGUUUGGCAAACAACAAGAGGAAAAAAGAAAAAGGAUUUUGGAAUUGGUAUCACCAGCAAAAAAAAAUUCGAAGAAAGCAGAAGCAACUAUGGAGAAAGCGAUGUCGAGGAAACGGACGACGACUGUGGAUCUUACUUUGGGAAAUCUUCCUAUUUCGGACGACGACUCUCCGAUAACUGAGCCCGAACGAACAACGACAAAAGUUAUUAAAUGGUUGGACAACAGAAUUAGUGACAUGGAGAGAAUCUCUCCUGAACGUUGUUCCGUGAUAGAACAGAGCAAGAAAAAAUUCAGUCCUUUUACGGCGGCGACAUUGACAUUAUUAGCGAGAUUACUGAUUUUGUUCCGGAAUCGAGUACGGAACUUCCUUAUUCGACGACUCUAUUGAUUCUGUGGUUAACUUUCAAAGACACCCAACACCUACUCAUCAGACUGUGGAAGAAACUGGAAACACCGAAAUUAUGGGCGGAAAUAGAAAACGACAAGACGACACUGAAGGACAGUUUGCCAAUCGUAUUGGGAAUGGCCCAGAAGAAACUGACGGCGCGAUACGACGAAUUGCUGCUAGCGCAAUUCGUUACAAUACUCAAGACGAUAGAGUGCGAUAUAGAUCUUGGUUAUUGGUGCCCGAUGGAUUUGGAAGACUACGCAGACUCGUUGCUGACCUGGUCGCCAAUUUCCAACGUUCCAGAAACAGCCACGACCCGUCAUCCGUCGUUGUCAUUGCAACACACGACGAACACUUACACCUCGUGCACACCUGCACUAGUUCAAACUCAUCUUGUAGGUGCACCUGGAUCAAGAAAACGAGCGGCCUCCGAGAGUUCAGAAGAUCUAAACUGGAAAGAAAAAUAUACCGAAAUGACCUCAACGAACAAGAUUGGAAAAAUGUCCUGGGUUAUUUCAGCAAAUCUGGCCGAGUCUGCAUAUUCUGUUUCGUCGGAGGUCGAAGCGUCGGACAUAUGUUACGAUGUGAGAAUGUACCGAAAGCAGGACAUAAAGCAUGUGGAAAGUUCGGACUUUUGGAAACAUGUAUUUUUGAAAAUAACGGGGACUUGCCGAGAGAACUCUCCACAGCACAAAAUGAUCAAGAGUUUAGCAGCGGACACUCUUGCAGAAAUAAAACAAGAUCCAAAUUUCAAACGGGUCAAAAAACAAAAAUGGGGAGGAAAGAAUUUAUUAAAACACAGUUUAAAAACUACUCUACUGGCUGUUAUCGAAGAGAAACUACCAAUCAAUACGUUAUAGACUGAAUAAAACAAUGUAAAUUAAUUAAUAAUUCAGAAUUUAUUUUAACAUUAAUAGCAUUAUUUUUAGUAUCAAUGUUAAUUAUGUACAACUUAAGUAAGUAUACAUUUAUAUAAAAAACUAAAAAAAAAAAUAAUUUAUAUAAUUUUUUUUUUUGUAAUUUGUUGAUGAACUAUAUUUUAUUAUGGUAAAUGAAACGGAAUAAAAAUAAAUACCAUUUAAUUGAAGCCUGGACAUUUUAGGACUUAAAUAUAGGUUGAUGCAUUUUGGAUUUAGAUUGAAUAUGUGUUGACAUUUGAAUGCCGAAUGGUUGUUUUAAGUAUUUAAUUCUCAAAAUUUUGAUAAUGAUAGAUAUAAAAAAGAAACACAUAAGAGUCUAUAAUUUCUUGCGGAAUUCUUUUGAGUAAC